AUGGGUCAUACUUCCAUACUACUCAAUGAAUUGGUUAUGGGUAUCACUCUUAUUCUGAAUUCCACGUUUUUAAGUUUAACAAUAAGGUGUACAAACAACCCAGCGGUCGAGCAAUCCUUGACCUUGGAGUGCAAGUGUCAUGGGGUGUCAGGAUCCUGUAGCGUGCGUACUUGCUGGCGCGGUCUGAGUGCGUCAGGACCAUCUGCCGCCGGAAGUCGUUUGCUUCGCAGAUACGCCACUGCGGCCGAGGUCAGACCGAGAUCUGGCGGCAGACUACCACCUCUGUAUCAUCACGAUAAUUUGCUGUACACUACCAAGAGCCCGGAUUACUGUCUUCCGGAUAAGAAGAAGGGCAGCCUCGGCACAAUCGGCAGGCAAUGUAAUGGCAGUAGUUCCGGAUACGAAAGUUGCGAGUACCUAUGUUGCGGUCGUAGUCAUAUCAUCAGAACUCAAGAGAUCUUGGAGAGAUGUGACUGCAAGUAUAUCAGCUGCUGCUACGUGAAGUGUAAGACGUGCAGACGAAUUAUAAAGACAUAUGAGUGCAACUGAGAAAAUGUCAUAAUGUAAAUGUAAGACAAUUAAUAUGCGAGAGUGGUAACAACAACCUGAAUUGGUUUAAAGAAGAAAGAGUAUGUGAAUGAUAGAAUUAAAUCCGCGCAUAUGUGUGACGAAAUCUGUUCAACCUAUAAAUUAAAUUAAAACUAAAUAAAUUUUACAAAAUAAACGCAAAGAAAACUCCAUAUUCUUUCAAGCGAGAUUUGCGCAUUCAGUAAUGAGAAAAACCUGAUAUCGAUCUCAUAUGAUAAUAAAAAAUAGCGAGAUUUGCGCAUUCAGUAAUGAGAAAAACCUGAUAUCGAUCUCAUGAUAAUAAAAAAUAUAACUAAAAUUAAUUAUUUAGGCAAUAAAUUACUUACCGUGAAUAUUCAUAUCUAUGACUUAUAGCAAUACAUAAUAAAAGAGUUAAUUGUAUCGUGCUAUUUGCUAUUUAUUCAAUAUAUAUGUAACAAACCUACACAGUGUAUCGAAAAAGAAAUCAGACUUUAGUUUUCUUGCAAAAAUAGCAGUGCAAUCUAAUAUUUAACAAAUGACAUUUGAGUAUACAUAUCUCGUCUACCAUCUGUCGAAAUUUUGUCAAAAACAGACAAGUAGUUUUGGAAAUAUGCGGUUUGAAAUAACAGUACUAUUUAUCACAUCAUCACGAUAACACAAUGCGCAAACAUUAAGUUUUAACAUUUUGUUUUAAACUUGGUUUAAACUUUGUUUUAACUUGGUAAUAUAUUUACGGAAACGUUUGAAUUGAUGCGUCAAAUUUAUCACAAUAAUUGUCCGUCGCUUAUACAAGUUUUUAUAUAAUGCAAACAUUUUGAAGACAGAAGCAAGACAUUAAUAACGAUCCAAAGUCAAGCGAUUUGAAAGGCAUCUUUUAUCGUGUAUUCAUUUCUAAAGGUGAAACUGUCACUGUCAAGUACUACUUGGGAGCAGUGUCGCCAGACGAUAUUCUGGGUUCUACACGCAUCCGAAGACCACGUCCGUCUUCUUCUCUCUCGGUCCUAUUGAGUUGACUGUCAGCGGAGAAAGAAGACGAUUUGCUCUCUUUUAUUAAUUGAACGGCCGAACACACACGGACGUCUCCUUGUAUGCGUGCGGAGCUCAGAAUAUGCACGUCUGGCGACACUACUUGAGAGUAUUUGUGACGGAGAAUGGGUGCAGUUCCGAAUAGGUGAAACGCCCGAUUGUUUGAAAC